AUCAGAUUUUCUUAUUUAACCUAGGCAUAUGCCUAAGUUAGGAUAAUCGUGGAAAGCCUACUAGUUGAGCUACUAGUAGUACAAAUCUGACAUGGGCGGCAUUCCACAAACCAAACAUGGCACUGCAACUGCGGUACCCGGGCGAGGCGGACUUCUCGUCCCGCGCUGCAUUGAACGACCUGCCGCCAUCCCCUACAUCAACGAAUGGAUUGACGAAGCGACCUGUGACGGCCGUCUUUCGCUGGAGUCCUCAUGUUCGUGCAAGUCUCCAACGUCAGAACGAGUCCAAGCUGACGCCGAAUGAGCUUGUGAUUGCAACGGGGCGACGCGCGGCCAGCAUCAUGCAGCAAAUCGUCGCGUGCACACCCGAAGCCCGCGUUCUCGGGACGUUGGUGUUGUCCACCACCUUCAUUGUGGAUACAAGCCUGUCGUCCUUGGACCCUUCUGCCGUCUGCUCCAUCGUGUCGCUCUCGAGUGACAAAGUUGUCGUCGUCGCACCGCUGGACGUGGCCGACGAGCACGUGUGGAUAUGGAUCGAAUCCCUCUUCGACCACAUUGCGCCGCGAAAUGUGAUCAGCAUGAGCACGUUGAUGUCAUUGACGUACGAUUCCGAACUGCAUGAAGCGUGCGUGUUGCGAAUGCUCCGCACGACUUCGUCCGUCGAAGCACCUGUCCACGACGUUCCCAUCUUGGCAUCUCCUCGCUUCGUCACGGGUAUACCUGCCGCCCUUCUCACCUACUGUGAACUCCGCCAACAAGAUUGCUCGGUGUUUGUGACGCUGCACCAUUCGUCGUCGACGGUGUCUCAGAUCGCCGCAGCUUUCCAUGGCAUUACCCCGCUGGUCCAAGUGGAAUCGACCAAGCAAGGCGGACCUCACGUCUCUGGCGCGCCAUCGUCCGCCAACUCUUUCGAAGCCCUGUACAGUUAGAUCAAGAUGAAUCCUCCAAGUCCAAAUAACACGAUCUGAUUGGACAAUCAUUUUGGUAUUAAAACCAAUCAUUGCGAG